GCAUCAUGACCAUCGCAGUACUCUUAACCGGUGCCCUUUUGUCUUUUGUACUCGUAGUACUUAUAAGGGCAGAGAGCUGCUCCACUGGUUUUUCGCGUGUGGGCAAUAAAUGCUAUUACGUGUCCUUAGAAGCGGCCAAUUGGCAUGUCGCGGAUCGCAAAUGCCGAAAACUGGGAGCCGAUCUCAUGGUAUUCGAAGAUGCACAGGAUCAGGAGCUCACAAUCGCACACCUCAAGAGCCACGGGCUGACCUUUACCGACGUCUGGCAUCAGUCUGUGUGGGUUGGCAUCAACUGUCUGGGGGCCAGACGCAACUUCACCCUAUCCAAAACUGGCGAUCCUGUUCCCUUCUUGAAUUGGGUGCCCAGAGAACCGGACAACGCUACGCCCGAGGAGGAUUGCGUGGCGUUUGCUAACUACAGAAGGGCCUUUGGCUACCAUGACAUUGAGUGCAAUUACGAAUUUUCAUAUGUCUGCGAGACUCCUGUAUCCAAUAACUAUCUUUGCGCCAAGCAAGAGCUUUUCACUGCUGCCACCCUCUAGUGCAUCGAUAUGUUUGAUACUUAUUAAAUAAU